AUGCGUCUUGAGGCUAUUCUCGCGCUUCAGCUUGGGGCCGGCGGCAUCUUGGCUGCGCCGUCUCCCGCGCCUCGCCUUGCUGAGCGCGCCAUUCAGGGUGGUUACCGCCACGGCUACUAUUACUCCUUCUGGAGAGACUACCAAGACGUGGUGUAUAAAAACGGCGAUUCUGGAAGUUACGAGGUCUCUUGGUCAUCCGGCGGCAACUUUGUCGCUGGAGUGGGCAGAAAUCCGGGCACAUCAGGUGCAAUCUCGUACUCGGCCAACUUCACCUCCGACGGCACCAGCUACUUGUCUCUAUACGGCUGGACCAAGGGUGAACACGUCAGGGAAUACUACAUUUUGGAAAACUUCGGUAAAUACAACCCGGCGAAAGGGGCUAAGAAAAUGGGUGAAUUCGAGUCCGAUGGAUCCGUCUACGACGUCUAUCAGGCAUUGCGUGUGAACGCCCCUUCCAUCAAGGGCACCAGAACCUUUCCGCAGUACUGGUCAGUCCGACGCGAAAAGUCUAGCAGCGGAAAAGUCACGAUUGGAAACCACUUCAAUGCUUGGAAGUCGAUGGGCAUGCCACUCGGUACGCAUGAUUAUCAGAUUGUUGCGACAGAGGGACUUUAUAGCCAGGGACAUGCGGCUGUCCAGAUACAAUUAGAGGAGGAUGGGGAGGCGGGUGGCGACGAAGGAGGAGAGAAACCACCGCCGUGCCACGACGGCGAUGACGGCGACGACGGCAACGGUGACUGUUGUCAAUAA